AACAACAUGUUUUCGAAAGUGCUACGACCAUGGCAUAAAAAAGACGAAAGGUUUGUUGUCAAAUAUCAGAUUCUCGCACAGACUUCAUAUGUGAUAGUUGUCUUCUCCUUGGCGGAUGUAAGUAUUGAAUGCCAGCAGUAUAUUGUCAGUGGAUACAAACAGAUCGACCAUGGGGUUACUAACUACGAAGUUCGAUUGCCAAAGAAGUCAACUGCCAACAUUGAGUCUAUUGAUGGCUCAGCAGAAGUCAAGCCCUCCGACGAAAGGCCCAUUUUGUACAGGGAUCUUAAAAAGCAGAAUAGCAUCCACUACAAAAUAACAUUACAGGCGCCUUCUGCUGGUGAUCACUUAUUACAACUUCGUUUUCGAAGUGGCGACAGUAAUAUCUUCACACAUCCGUUCCAUGUGACACUGGAAGAGGAAACGUACACAGUACCAGACUCCCGGAGGGCAGAGAGCACGAGUCAAAUGUCGCCAAGUGACACCCAAGAACAUGUCAUCCCCGUAAGGUAUCGACCAGAAGAAAAAUUUUUAGUGAAAUAUCAGAUUCUGUCCAAAGGUCCACUUGUUGUAGUGGUUUAUUCAUUACAAGACACUGCGCACGCAUGUCAGAAGUUCACUGCUAGUGGAUAUAAGUGCAUUGAAAGCGGUGCACGAAACUAUGAGGUUCGAUUGCCUCGAUUUUCAAAAUGUAUCAGCAGUAUCGAGUCUUCUGAUCCAUCUGUGGAAGUCAGCCCACAAUUUGAAAUGCCACUUCCGUACACCGACCUGAAAAACCAAACCAGCAUCCAGCAUAAAGUCACACUACUGACAUCUUCUGGUGGUCGUCACCUGCUCAAUCUUUGUCUCAAACGUGAAAACGAGAUUCUACGCUCAGAACCGUUUCACGUUACAUUAGGAGCUGAUGAUUUGUAUGACAGUACUGGUGCGAACUUGGCAGCGCGGGACGUUGUAUCGAACUUCUUAACAAAUGAAGGCGAACCAGGAAGUAGGCAGCCAUUGAAAUCUGAGGAGAAAUUUCGGGUCAACUAUCAGAUUCUCACAAAAGGUGCAUGGGUCGUUGUGAUUUAUUCACUGGCUGAGACCACCGAUGAGAGUCACCAGUUUAUUUCUGGUGGAUAUCAAUGCAUCCAGCAUGGUAUUUCAAACCAUGAGGUUCGAUUCCCUCAUUGGUCACCAUGUACCAGCAGUAUUGAGUCAAUAGAUGGAUCAGUAAUAAUCACACCUGAAGAGGGAAAAAAUCUUUCCUACCUCGAUCUAAAAAAUCAGAAAAGUGUCCAUCAAUCUGUUGCAUUGCUAGCUCAAAGUGGUGGUACUCACCUAUUGCAUCUUCGUAUUAGGAAUGGCGAUGAAAUACUCCAUACAGCGCCUUUCCAGGUGAUAUUGAAGUAUGAAGAUUUGUAUGCAGGUGAAAAGACUUCACAACCGCAACCAUCAAAUACAAAUCAAAGGCAAGAGGAAGUUGGAGUUCCGACUGCUGAUCAGUUCCAUGAUGAUAUUGACGACGCAUAUGAAAUCCCGGAGGAAACUCAACCGAAAGUGCCAGUAGGAGUUAUACGAAGGUUUGAAAUCGAACAAUAUGAUGAAAUACCGCUCAGACAAUCUCCGAUUACCAGACCCAAGGCUUCAAUUUACAAUCCUCCACCUUUACCUGUCAACAAUUCUCCACCUUUACCAGUGAGACCCGACGAUUUUGAUGAUGAUGAAUGGGAUGAUGAUGAUAACCUAUAUGAAUAUGUGGAUGCAGAAAAAAAUAGUGAAAUCCCGACAGUAACCAGACCUCAAUUGCCAGUAGGAGUUAUACGAAGGCCUCAAAUCGAACAAUAUGAUGAUAUACUACUCAGACAAGCUCCGAUUCCUAGAGCUAGGACUUCAAUUUACAAUUCAUCACUUUUUACGAGACUUCACGAUUUUGAUGAUGAAGAAUGGGAUGAUGAUGAAACUAUAUUCGAGGAUAGGGAUGCAGAAAGAAAUAGUGAAAUGCUGACAGCAACUAGACCGCGAUUUCCAAGUCCAGAAUUGAUACGUCUUGAACAACAGGACACUACUCCUCUGGUUAGCCGCACAGAAAAUACAAUGCCUUCUCUCUCAUUGAAGCCCGGAACCGUUCGAGGAAUUCUGGAAAAUCAUAACGUCGACAACUAUUGGCCUUUGUUGGAGAGGUCUGGUGUUAAAAGUGUCGAAGAUCUUGCUCGGUUGGAUAAAAAAAAACUUGAAGAGUUCGGCGUCAAAACAGUAGGUGACAGAAUCAGAAUUAUGAAUGCUGUGGAGAGUUGUAAAUCUCCUUUCAUAUGUUCCAGCAAAGAAAAGGAAGAAAACUUUGCUGUGGAGGAGCUACUGGGGAGAAUUGGCAUGAUCAAUUUCAAGCCUCUAUUCAAGCAAGAAAGAAUAUCGAUGGAAUUACUGAAUGCACUGGAGGAUCAGGAUUUCAAGGAUAUUGGAAUCACGCAGGAAAAUGAUAGAAAAGCCAUUAAGCAAGCACUUGAGGGAAUGGAAGGAUAUUGUGACCUGGAAUGUCAUAAGUAUGACAAUGCAAACUAAAGAUCAACUUUCUGUCUCAACUGAUUCUGUAACAAUUUUUUAUUUAUAUAAAAAUAUAAAAUUUGUUUCGUCUCAGAAUUUGAUUUCUGUUAUCGGAAUAAUACUGUAAACUUUCUACUUGGCAUUAAUAAUGACCUCAUCGUUUAAGGGGGAAACGAGAAAAAACAAUUUCUUGCUCAUUCUAAAAUCACUCAUUUCAAAAAAGAAAGUGAAACCCUGAUUGGUCAAACUGGGCCCCUUUUCUGUAAGUGUAGGAAGUAAAGAGAAAGAAUUUAUCAGAGUGACAAAGAAAUCCUAAACGCCUUUAUAUAGAAUACCCAAGCCAAAAUAACAAGGGGAGAAAGGAGUGAAGGGACCAGAAAUAAAUGAGGGGAAUUGAGAUCAACUAUUCUAGCAAUGUUUGAUGUUCGUUAUCCGAACAAUUUCUAUUUAAGGUGCAAUUUGAUCAUUUUAUGCCACCUGUUUUUAUCGUUGUUUAUUAUAAUGUAUGUUUAUAAAACAAAGAAAUAAAAUAUUGAAAAAUGUCGAAAUUUAUUUUCCUGUUAUAUAAAA